GUCUGCCUCUGGGGGGGAAAAAGGAAGGCUUAAACCAGAGUGAUGCAAUGUGAAAGUAAAUUUGAUUUUGGAUUUAUUACCUUCACCGUGCAGUAUAUAUCGCCGCGCGCGGCAGCCACGUGUUACCUCACGUGACACGCACGUGAACACUGACCCGAUCUGCACCGAGGAAAAGAAAACAAACCGAUAGUUAGGAAUAGCGAAGUUAGACCGUGGAUCCCAAACGACAGCAUGAAGGAAACCAUCAUAAAGGUGACUGUCAGUGAUGUUAGGUUCCCCACUUCGCUGGAGCAGCACGGCUCGGAUGCGAUGCACAACGAUCCGGACUAUUCGGUUGCUUAUGUAGUUAUCGAGACGGACCGGGGAUCCAGGGGCUAUGGCCUGACCUUUACGCUAGGAAAAGGCACAGAAAUAGUGGUGUGUGCCGUAGAAGCCCUUUCGGCGCUUGUGGUCGGGAAGGCGCUGGGAGACAUAGUGGGCGACUUCCGCAGCUUUUACAGGCUGCUCACCAGCGACGGCCAGAUGCGAUGGAUUGGACCUGAGAAGGGGGUAAUUCACCUAGCUACAGCUGCUGUCCUCAACGCCGUCUGGGACCUCUGGGCUAAGGCAGAGGGGAAGCCACUUUGGAAGCUCCUUGUAGAUAUGGACCCCAAACAGCUGGUAUCUUGCAUUGACUUCAGAUAUAUCACUGAUGCCCUCACAGAAGAGGAGGCCUUGGACAUCCUUUUGAAAGGCCAGGAGGGGAGACAGGCGAGAGAGGAGCAGAUGUUGAGUGAGGGCUACCCUGCAUACACCACGUCCUGCGCCUGGAUCGGCUACACAGACCCGCAGCUCAAACAGCUCUGCACCAAGGCUCUGAACUGCAAGUGGACCAGGUUCAAGGUCAAAGUUGGGGCGGAUCUUCAAGACGACAUUCGUCGCUGUCGUUUGAUCAGAGAGACGAUCGGCCCUGACAACACCUUGAUGAUCGAUGCCAACCAGAGAUGGGAUGUGGGGGAAGCCAUCGACUGGGUGACGAGGCUUGCGGAAUUCAAGCCCCUGUGGAUCGAGGAACCUACCUCCCCCGACGACAUCCUGGGGCACGCCACCAUCUCCAAGGCCCUGGCUCCUCUAGGCAUCGGAGUGGCCACUGGGGAGCAGUGCCACAACCGCGUGAUGUUCAAGCAGCUGCUCCAGGCCUCGGCCCUGCAAUUCGUCCAGAUCGACAGCUGCCGUCUGGGCAGCGUCAACGAGAACCUGGCUGUGCUGCUAAUGGCCUGCAAGUUCCAGGUUCCCGUCUGCCCCCACGCCGGGGGGGUGGGGCUUUGCGAGCUCGUGCAGCACCUGAUCCUCUUCGACUACAUAUCAGUGUCGGCCAGCCUCCACAACAGGAUGUGUGAGUACGUGGAUCACCUGCAUGAGCACUUCAAGAGCCCCGUGCUGAUCCGGGAUGCCUGCUACAUGCCUCCGAAGGAUCCAGGAUACUCCACAGAAAUGAAGGAAGAGUCCGUGAGGAAGUACCACUACCCCCAGGGGGAGGUGUGGCAAGGCCUUAGAAACCAAUAAGUACUCCCCACCCACGCACAAAUGGUUUAACCCUUAGAAGGGACCACUCCACAGCUUGUUAAAGAUUUUAAUUCAAACUGAUCUUUGUAUAAACUGUUUUCUAUCUCAUGUGAUUUUUAGAACAUGAACUGAUUUUUAACAGCACUUUUUGCCUUUUAAUAAACAUACAAAAUCUAGAUGUAAUCAAAACCUUUUAUUCAAUAUAAUAAAGAUCAAAUUGACAA